AUGGAUAAAGGGAAUAGAGAUGAUGAUAGAGAUCAUACUGAGAAACAGAUUCGAAUUUGGAUCUUGACAUGUCGGUGGUUUUUAACCGUGGGCAUCAUGCCAGGAAGUUGGUGGGCUCAUCAUGAAUUAGGUCGGGGUGGCUGGUGGUUUCGGGAUCCCGUAGAAAAUGCUUCUUUUAUGCCUUGGGUAUUAGCCACAGCUCGUAUUCAUUCCGUAAUUCUACCCCUUCUUCAUUCUUGGAUCUCGUUUCUUAAUAUUGUGACUCUUCCAUGCUGUGUCUCAGGAACCUUUUCAAUACGGUCCGGAUUGCUAGCUUCCGUUCAUAGUUUUGCUACAGAUGAUACACGAGGAAUCUUUUUAUGGCGGUUCUUCCUUCUAAUGACCGGCAUAUCUAUGAUUCUUUUCUCCCAGAUGAAGCAGCAGGCAUCGGUCCGUAGAACUUCUAAAAAAGAGAUGGUUGUGGCGCGAAGUACUCUUGUGCACCUCCGUCACUCGGCUCGCGCGCAACCCCGCCCCGUUAUGUUAUGGAAGAAUUGA